AUGUUGAUGCCUAAGAAAAAUCGUAUUGCAAUCUAUGAACCUUUUAAGGAGGGUGUGAUGGUGGCCAAGAAAGAUGUCCACAUGCCUAAGCAUCCAGAACUAGCAGACAAAAAUGUGCCCAACCUCCAUGUCAUGAAAGCAAUGCAGUCCUUGAAAUCUCGUGGCUACGUGAAGGAACAGUUUGCCUGGAGGCAUUUUUAUUGGUAUCUGACCAAUGAGGGCAUUCAGUACCUGCGGGAUUAUCUCCAUCUACCACCUGAAAUUGUGCCUGCCACUUUGCGUCGCAGCCGUCCUGAAACAGGCAGACCCAGGCCCAAAGGUUUAGAGGGUGAACGUCCAGCUCGUCUUACACGAGGAGAAGCUGAUAGGGAUACCUAUAGAAGAAGCGCAGCUCCUCCUGGUGCAGACAAAAAGGCAGAAGCUGGUGCUGGGUCAGCUACUGAAUUUCAAUUUAGAGGUGGAUUUGGACGUGGGCGUGGUCAACCCCCUCAGUAGAAAACUGUUGCUGUUAUUUGCAUCUUGUGUAUAAUAAAAAGGU